AUGCCUAUUGCGCCUAUCAUCACAUUCAAGGCCGGCCAGUGCGAGGUCGAUGAGUCUUCUUCCCGGCCCCUCAAGGUCAAGCCCCAGCCUCAACCCGGUUACCUCUAUCUAUAUUCGGAAGAUGACUUGAUACAUUUCUGCUGGCGCAAACGGGACCAGUCUCUGGAUGAACCAGAACUUGAUUUGGUCAUGGUGCCGACUGACGGCAGCUUUGUUCCUUAUGAAUACAACACGACAUCCGAACCAACUGCCAAGACCAAUGGUCGCAUUUUCGUUCUCAAAUUCGCGUCCUCUUCCCAACGCUAUCUCUUCUGGAUGCAGUCGAAACCGCAAAGUCGUGACGGAAACCCCAGUUGGUUCAGCCCAAGAGACCGCAAGAUUGGCGAUGUUGUGCACAGGCUUCUCCAAGGAGAGGAAGUCAAUGUCAUGAGCGAACUUUCUUCUGUGCGGAAUGUUGACGACCGAGACGAUGACGAUGACGAAACCAUGGAAGACGUCGAAGGCAGCCGCGGUCAGCACGCUCAUCGUGGCAGUGGAAGCGGUGGUGCUGGCCCUGAUGCCACUGGAGGAGAUGUCAGAGAAGAAGGUGAAGAAUCAAGAGAAGGAGGUGCUGAUGGCGCUAGAGCGGCUUCUUCGUCAGCACCCGAUGCCGCAGCCGCCGUGAGGAAUUUCCUGGAGUCAUUGAGAGGCCAGCAAGGCCUUUCAGGAGGACAGCAGCAACAACAGCACGCAGAUGUGCCCUACCCGUAUCUCAACCAUCUUUUACCCACGUCGAUCACAGUACCGAUGAUUGACGGCGCAUCACCUGAGUUUAUUGACUCUCUGUUGAGCUUCCUGCCCCCGUCUGUCAUUGUCCUGGCCGCAAGCUCAGUAGCCGCAGAAGAAAGCCAAAAGGAGCCCUCUGCGGAUGCCAUUGAGGCAGCCAAGGCGUCAUUGUCUCUUGAGGACAAACGAAGCUUGUUGAAGAAAGUUCUUCGAAGCCCGCAGUUCAACCAGGCUCUUGGGACUCUGACCAUGGCCCUGAGGGAUGGUGGACUUCCCGGAGUUGCAGAUGCCCUGGGCAUCAGAGUUGAAAACGGCGGUUACAUGCAGGGUGGUGGAAUGCCUCUGGGAGGAGGACAAGCUGUCAAGUCAUUUGUCGACGGCGUAAAAAAGACUGUUAAGGAGCGCAGGCAGUGA